GUUAGACGAUCAAGUAAGCAUCUGACGUCGUACAUGUUAGCGGCUCUUGCACAAGCACCAAUAAUUGCCAUCAUGGAAGGGAGGCCUCAGUCAACAAUCAAGAGUCAACAAUGAGCCUAGUCUCGAAUGUUCCAUUAUGUGUAAAGUUAUCUGGAUGCCUGGAAGGCUCAUUGGUGUUAGCCAUACUCUGUCUGGGUGACUGGCCCCUUCUUGCGAGCCCCCUUAAUUUCUAUACUCUCCGAUUCGUAAUCGCUUUCUCACCGUAUCACGAAUUUGCCUCCCGCAGAUCCAUUUCAAAGGGACCGGAAAGCGGACGUUUUGAUCAUGGUGUAUGCGCGGUAACAGGUUUUGAAAUGAAUCAUCGAGAUGAAUCAUCGUGCCACAAAUCCUUCUUCCCUCUUCUGCAUCCUUCAUGCCUUCGCCUACCCUCGUAUAAUCUAUGCAGUUUUGUUUGUAAGGCGAAGACCAAAGUCAUAGUGUCCCUGGCAACGCCGUAGCGUAGUGUAUCGGUUACCCAAAGAUGCACAAAGGUCAAAACAAAAUGUUU